AUAUGAACCCAGAAUUACACAAGCAGCACACUUCACAUGCUAUGAUCGACCUCCUUUAUAGUCAGAGGAAACAACAGAACUGAUCCAGAAAAUAAUGCUUAAACGAAUGGAAUCAGCGGUUCAGAUGGUAUCUAUGGCCUUUGGGGUCAUUGGGCUGAUUGGGGCCAUCCUCUGUUGUGUCCUUCCUCUCUGGAAAGUCACCACCUUCAUUGGAGCCAAUAUUUUUAUCGCACAGGAAAUACAGGUGGGUCUGUGGAUGACAUGUGUGACCCAGAGCACCGGACAGCAGCAGUGCAAAGUGUAUGACUCCAUGCUGGACUUACCAUCUGAUCUGCAUGCUGCCCGAGCCAUGGUCAUCAUCGCCUGCAUCUUCUGUGGACUCAGCCUCCUCAUCCUGUUCUUUGGUGCCGACUUCACCACAUGUGUGCAGAAUGAAGAUGCCAAGCCCAAAAUCUGCCUGGUGGCCGGGGUUGGCCUGCUGCUGGGUGGCCCCCUGGUGAUCAUCCCAGUUCGCUGGUUGGCUGCAAAAUUAAAAAACCCCUCGGUGCCAGAUGCUCAGAACAGAGAGCUGGGAGCGUGCAUCUAUAUCGGCUGGGCAGCAGGGGUUCUGAUGAUCAUGGCUGGAGGUCUGCUCUGCUGCUUCAGCAGACCCAAGUCCAGCAGCUCAGAAGGAACCGCCAAGUACUAUAGCAGCAGCGCUUCAGCUCCAGGCAAAAACUACGUGUAGAGGCUUUAUGAAAGGGACUGGUGUCCAACAGAUGGGUAGUAAUGCAGGUGAACCA